UGAACUUCCAGUUGACAUGAUGGAAAGAUACGACUUUGCAAAUGAAUUUAGCUUGUUAACGUGCUAGUCGGCUACCUUCACAUUUACACACAUGGUGUCCGUUUAAAAUCAGACUUAAUCGUCAAAAUAUCAUCUUUUUUAAACCCUCCCGUAAAGUAUACACAGGAGGCUGAUAUUCAUCCCUCAAGCUCCCAGGGAUCCCUCAGCCUGCCCCGAUGAAGGCCGUGCAAGAAGGAGACCACCUUGAAGAGGACUCCCCUCAGGACAAUGGGGUCAUUCAGACAAACCAGUACAGCUCCAUCUCUCCUCCUGCCUCACCUGUGGCCCAGGAUGAGCCCUUCUCCACAUACUUUGAGGAGAAGGUGCCCAUUCCCGAGAACGUCAGCCCGGUGUUCAGUUUUCGUAAACUCUGGGCCUUCACUGGACCAGGGUUCUUGAUGAGCAUCGCUUACUUGGAUCCUGGGAACAUUGAGUCUGACCUGCAGUCUGGAGCUAAAGCUGGCUUUAAGCUCCUAUGGGUGCUCCUUGGAGCCACCAUCAUCGGGCUGCUGCUGCAGAGGUUAGCUGCACGUCUGGGAGUCGUCACGGGGAUGCACCUAGCUGAAGUCUGCAACCGCCAGUAUCCUACCGUCCCGCGGGUCAUCCUUUGGAUGAUGGUGGAGUUGGCAAUUAUUGGCUCAGACAUGCAGGAGGUCAUUGGCUGUGCAAUAGCUCUCAACCUUCUCUCUGUGGGCAGGAUUCCACUGUGGGCAGGAGUCCUCAUCACCAUCACAGACACUUUUGUGUUCCUCUUUUUAGACAAAUAUGGCCUGAGGAAACUUGAAGCUUUCUUUGGCUUUCUCAUCACUGUAAUGGCCAUUAGUUUUGGUUAUGAGUAUGUGCUUGUGAAGCCAGACCAAGGGGAGCUGCUGAAGGGGAUGUUUGUACCUUACUGUGCCGACUGUGGGCCUGCACAACUGGAGCAGGCGGUGGGAAUUGUGGGUGCUGUUAUCAUGCCCCACAACAUCUACCUGCACUCAGCUCUGGUCAAGUCUCGUGAAAUCGAUCGCAGAAAUAAGAAGGAAGUAAAGGAAGCCAACAAGUACUUCUUCAUCGAGUCAACGAUUGCUCUCUUCGUCUCCUUUCUCAUCAACGUCUUUGUUGUAGCGGUCUUUGCUCAGGCCUUCUACAAUAAAACCAAUAUGCAAGUGAACGCUGUGUGCAAUGCAACCGGCAGCCCUCACACAGACCUUUUCCCUCUCAACAACGGCACACUUGAGGUGGACAUAUACAAAGGGGGAGUGGUCCUGGGUUGUUUCUUUGGCCCUGCCGCCCUCUAUAUCUGGGCCAUCGGCAUCCUGGCAGCUGGACAGAGCUCCACCAUGACAGGAACUUACUCUGGGCAGUUUGUUAUGGAGGGCUUCUUAAACCUGCGGUGGUCCCGUUUUGCACGGGUGCUGCUGACCCGCUCCAUCGCCAUUACGCCUACUCUGCUGGUAGCCAUUUUUCAGGAUGUGCAGCAUCUGACGGGGAUGAACGACUUCCUCAACGUGCUACAGAGCAUGCAGCUUCCAUUUGCUUUGAUCCCUAUUCUGACCUUCACCAGUCUGACGUCCAUAAUGAACGACUUUGCAAAUGGAUUAGUGUGGAAGAUCUCCGGAGGUAUCGUCAUCCUGAUGGUUUGCGCAAUCAACAUGUACUUUGUGGUGGUUUAUGUGACGGCGCUGAACAGUGUGCUGCUCUACGUUCUGGCUGCUCUCCUCUCCGUGGCCUAUCUGUGCUUUGUAGGCUACCUGGCAUGGCACUGUUUGGUUGCCCUGGGGGUUUCCUGCCUGGACUUUGGCAGCAGGGUGCAGCUGGGACUGCCACGUCACACGGACAUUUACUUGCUGAACGACAUGGAUACUGACGCUUUGGUUGAGAGAUAGGAGGACACGUUGUGAACAGAAGUUGAACUGUGGCAGAGGUGUCUUAGGAACACUGACAGAAGAAGCGUGGGACCUCUGAAGCUUUGGCCAGUAUGUUUUUAAUCUUCGCUUCUCAGUGCCUAACACUUUUUAAAGUGUCCUUGCAAUAUAAAAUACACCCAAAACAAUCAGGGGAUUUUUUUUCCAUCUCAAAUAUCUCAGCAGCCUCAGCCAGCAACAUGUUGCAGGUUUGGCGGAGAAUCAUGUUUAUGCAAAAAAUAAAUAUCUGGGCUGCAAAGACACAUCUGAGAGACGCAAGUUCCUGUGACACAGUAAACAUAUUUUUGAUAAAACAAUCUCACCUCACGGUCCAUAACAUUAUGUUUGUCCCUGUUGGCUUCUCCAAACCGCUCGUCUUAAGUGACUAAACCACUGAAGACAGUGGCAGAAGGCCAACCAGACACUACAGUGAUGAUCACACAAAAAUUAACUUUUUCAAAACAUUGAGAUACCAGAGUGAUACGUUAAGGCUGUUUUGAGCCAGUGUUGCACUAAAGAAGCUUUGGACCUCCGCAUUUGAGGGGUCUGUGUUUUAUUUCCGUAUUUCUAAUCUUUGACUUCUUUCUGGUUUACCUGGCAUGAUAUUAAAAAAAAGAGAUAGCAUGAUAAAUCCCCACAAUGAAAACAAGAAGGUACUUCGGAUGCUUUGCUAUUAAUUAACAUAAAGUAAAGAUCAAACUCCAAACAAGUCGUGUCCAGCUGCCUGUAAUUUCAUUAUAUAUUAAAAUAAAGUCAUUUAAAGCGUUCAUCUUGGUGUUUAUAUUAGAUUUAUAAGUUAAUAUAUUUAAUAUGAACAUAUUACUUGAGAAAAUACAAGGAAUUUAUGUGAGUUUAGUCACACUUGCCCCUUUUUUAUACUAUAUAAGAGAAUGACAGUUUUAUGUCAUUCGUCCUCUUUGUGUACAGUUAAUACAAUAUAUUUUUGGAUAUGGGAAUUUCUGUCUGACUGUACACUCUUUUUAUUUUCAAGUCUUUUUUUUCUUUUCCAAGUAUACAUUUCUAUGCACAAUGUAUACAUUCCCUCUGAAUACAUCUGCUGUAGAUUUAAUGUGAGUGCUGAUUGCAGUCAUUUGACUUUGAUCAGACUGUCAGGAGCUUGCACAUUGGGAGAUUAUAAUUUGGUAAUAAAUUAUUCUUUAUUUUUCUUUCUUUCUUUCCCUCUACAUUAAGCUUGAAUCAGUUUAUUUUAAGUUGGUUUAUUUAUGUGGAGUUUAUCUUUUUCAUAAAUGAUAGUUUGGCUUGUAAGUAGUUUUUAGUUGCUGUUAAAUUUUUUUAAAAGAAAAAUUUUACAUUUAAUUUCUGUAAUUAAUUUGGAGGAAAAGGUUAGCAGUUGGCAGUGUGGUGCAAACAGGUGAGGUAAACAUGAGAAGUGCAGUGUUGCAGCAUGACACAUGUUUACUGUAGCUCCAUCUCAGGGCUUCACAUGUCCUGCCAGAAGAGAUUUGUGCCAACUCGACUCUGGUGCACCAGCAGUGCCGGGAGAGUUUGUAAUUGUUCAAAACAUGAACAAGUGUGACUGUUUCACAUGUGCGUGUUAGUGCUAAUAUGACAAACGCCUCUAACUGUGACACAUUUUGAUACUUUGCAUGUCUUCUUGUGCACUUAAUCAACUUAAUUAGUGUAGCACCUUUUAAAAACCAGCGUUUUUAUUGAAAAUAAAACAAGAGUACAGAGAAAACAAGAAGACAGAAAAUGAUAUGAGAUAAUAACACCAAACAGUUUAGAGGUUUAGUGUGCACUUCUAGUUUGGGCUGUUAAAUAAACCGAACAUUUUCUUUGACCAAAUAUUAAGCUGCACUUCUUUUUAGUUUCUGUGCAGACGACCUCAGUGCCUCCUGUGGUUACCACUGUGCUUCAUUACUGGGAUCUGUGGGACACUAUUCAUUCAAAAACAAACACAAAACUUAUAGAAGAAACUCAAACUGUUGCUGGUGUAACAAAUACAGUACAUUCAGUAAAAUGGUCUAAUUAGAACCAACAUGUGUACAGAUGUUAGUCUAGAUGCCGUUAAAGAGGUGCUGAGCAUUCCCAACUGUGCCUGCAACUAAUAAUUUAAUAUCCCAAGAUGUUAUUAUCAGAAUAAAAAUGACUCGCCCACUGCCAAUGAUACACCUUGAAAAAAGUCAAUAUGAGCAGCUUCUGUGUAGUUUUGUCUACGUAAAGAAACUGAUGUCAAUUAUUUUCUUUUUUUGUUGUGGAAAGUCUAAUAUAUUUUCUAAUUAGUUUUUUAUGUUAGUCAAAGUGUUCUAUAUUUGCCAUCACACAUGUUUUUUGGGAAAUGUUUGUGUAUUUAUUGUGUAAUUCCACUUGGAGAUGCAUAAAAUUGUUUGUUUCUCAUGUGAAAAAUUCCAGCUUUGAUCCUCAUUAAUGUUUAGAUUUUUGCGACUGAAAUGACACAUCAUGCCAAAUAAAAAACAAACAUUUGUACAAAAUACCUUUUUUGUAAUUUAACUCCUAAAAGAAACAUUUUUGUAAUGACUGAAUAGCACUUGAAAACAAAAGAAAUGAGGUUUAAUUGAAAGAAUAAAAGUUGACACAAGCUGUAUGAUGGAUGAACAUUUAUGAGAUAACGACAGAAAAGAUGCUUGAAAUAUGUUUUUUAUGCAACAUUCAAAGAACAUGUUUCCAAUUGCUCCAAGUGGUAAGCCUUUAAAAACAUGGUUUGACCUCAGUUAUUGAUGACUGCAUCAUGUGUUGCAUUUUAAAGUAACAUUAUAAAGAACAGUGUCUGACAGUUUGAAGACUGUCAAAGACCAUUUUCUGACUCUAUGGUCAGACAGGAAACUGGAACUGUACCGUGUUGUAAAUUGGAUUAAAUCUGUUUUUGGCUGGAUCGCAACAGCAGGGCGAGCCCUAUAAACACGAAUAUCUGUCCCUGAUUGACAGAUUGCGUGAUGACCAUUGGUCGACUGAAUGCCGCUACUCCCUGUAUCCGUUUAAUUAAAAGCCCUCAAGCGCUUCAUACAGCCACAUACCAGGUUUUGACCUAGUCUGGUUUCUGAAAUGAUCAUUUUAUAGUCUGUUGGAGACCAUCCCGAAGGGUGGUUCUCCGAUUUUUGUUACCAGGUCUGUCGUUUCAAAGUGUCUUCCCUGUUUUAUGUAUUUUCUUCCUAUUUGAAUAAAUAAAUAUAAAAACAACAUGUUUUGUUUUUGUUUCUAAAACUUAACUGAUCCUUCUUUUAGUGAAAAAGUCUAGAAGAAAUCUGUAUUCAAAGGACAGAGAAAUGCAGUUAAUCCCUGAAGUUUGAUUUUUGGUUUUAUUCAAUAAUAAUAUUCUUGAUGUUUCUUUAUUACUGGAAAUAAUUCGACACACCAGUGAAAUGUGUGAAAUUUGUUUGGAUACUGCUUACUGUCCCAGUAUGUACAUAUGACCAUUAAGAGGUGUAGAGGUUGUAUUGGUGACCUCUACACCUCCCCCCAACUGAGGAGCAGCACAGUGCACAAAUUGUGCAUCAUGCAGUAUAUCUGCAGGGUUUUGACAGGGAUGUUGACCACCUCCAGUAAUUAGAGCUGAAACUAUUUGUCAAUUAAUAAAUUACAGUCAAUUAACAGAAAAUUGAUCAACAUUAUUGAUAAUCGAUUAAUCAUUGAAAUUGUUUACUCAAGCAAAAUUUGCAAAUAUUUUCUGGUUCUAGCUUCUUCAUUGUGAGGAUUUUCUGCUUUUACCUGUUUUAUAUCACUGUAAAAUUAAUAUCUCUGGGUUUGGGAUUAUUAGUCAAACAAAACAAGUAUCAAGACAUCACCAUGAGCUCUGGGAAUUUGUAAUGGCCAAUUAUACUAUUUUUCAAUUUUGAAAUAGACUAAAAAAAAGACAUUGUCCUACCUGGAGAAGUCUAUGGUUUUCAAAAGUGACUUUUACCCACUUAGACCUACAUACUUACUUCUUUACUCAGUUUUCUCCCAUUUACUAAAUCCAUUUCCCACACUCUGCAGGAAAAGAAGCUUUCCUAGCAUAUGUAGUCCCACAUCCUGCACAGUUUCUCUGUCAUUCAUUCCUAAAAAGCAGCUGUGCCAGACUGACUGACUUUAAGCAUCAUAACU